AUGCUGUUUGAGCACGUCGAAGCAGCAUUCAGCAGCGCAGUGCCAGAGACUGUCUUGCUUCUGUUUACAGCACUCGGCGGCCAUGUCGUCGCUCAUGUCACAGCAGACUUGUAUAUCUGCAUCAGUCCUCCAGCAAAGCUUAGCACAGGCAGUCAAGACACCUGCUUCGUCGCUGCAGAGUGGAUUCUAGAGUGCGCAGAUCAAGGAGUCCUCCUGAACCUUACUGACUACGAUCCUGUUUUGGUGCAAGCUCGCAUGCUGCUCAAGCUUGACGAAGAGCAUGAGAAGGAAGUCGAUGCAGCCAUGUCAUCGCUCCGAGCGCAGAUUGCAACACUCGAUGAGUGUGUGUCUACUGACACGACAGUGUCUGACGGGUCGAACCAGUAUGGUGGAAAGAGACGUCAGAUUUCCGAGGAAGAUACAGGGCAAAGAGACACGAGUAGCAGAGAGCUUCAGCACAAGAGACAAAGGACGACCAGAUUGUCGCUCGUGGAUCUGCCGAGGAGAUCGACUUUGCAAGAGGUCAAGGUCAUCAAGAGUGUCAAGGGAUCGAAGGGACGUGUGCUUACUGUCACUGCAGCGGAUGCUAUGACUGGAGGAAGACUUCUUUCGCCAGGGCCAUCGCUAUCAUUAUGA